AUGAGGGCAAUUCGGCAAGUUUGCGUAAAGAUCGGGAUCGCUGCCGCUCCUGUGUUCCUCGCGAAUAAUUCAGCGGGAACUCAAGGCGGCAAAUACGGGAUUAUGUUAAUUUGGCAGCUACUUCAACAUUCAAAUCCGAUCUUCGAGUGUCUGAUGCGGACCCUUGGCGAGGCGAGUUUUACGGCGCUCACGCCCGGGCGAUGUCUGCAGACGCUUUGGAGAGGCGCGCUCUGGAAGUGGCCCGAAUAUUUCACAUCCGCAUUUCGCCCGCUUGAAGCGAAUCGAAGCGGUAAACUCCCGCGACUCGUGUUCGUUGAA